AUGGCUGGUUUUGGCGAAUAUGAAAUGAUCAGUGAGCAGGAUGUCAUGACAAUCUCAAAUGAAGAGGGUCUUGAUAGCACAGAAGAACGAGCCGUUCCGGUAACCGUCCAAGCCAGCACCAAUAGCUGCCCAAUUCCACCUAGCUUUUCAAAGUUCGACGAGACUCGAGGGCAAACAGAUAAAAGAGGAGCUCAGUUUGAUAGAGAAAAUGAUGAAUUCAUUGAUCAGCUGGUCAAGUAUGCUUCCAUUCCUAUUGUUGUCGUCCUCACUGUUGCAGUCGGAUGGCGGCUCGGUUCCCUCAUGGGAUAA